CCACUAGAAGAACCCAGAGAAGAACCAGAAGAUCUUCGAGAAAAAUUGGACGUAGAUACGGAUGGGCUAGCAAAUUGUUCAGAUAUUAAUGGUGCCACAGAACCUGUCUCAGUUAUUUGGUCCAACUGGUCACAAAGGGAUUCAUAA